AUGGAUGCUGGUGGGACAGAAAAGCGCACCAUCAUCGUCACGCGGGAGCUCUUUCCAAAGCACCCACCAAAAGGGUCAAGAUUCUCGGGCCAGGAAGACUACGAGGAGUAUCUCAAACACUACACUGGACAAGAGCUCACAAUCACCAAGGAGGAAGAGCGGGGUGCAAAAGAGGCGGGGUACUUCUGUUUCUUGGACUACUAUAUUGAAAUGGUCGUAGAUGAUUGACUUCGCUUAGAGGAAAGGUGUAAUCCUACUGGUUGUGCAUCAUCGAAUGUCUAACAAACAUCUUGAUGUUCAACACUGUAAGCUUGCUUGACAUUGCGAGUGGCACAAGGGACCUGAAUGCUAGCUAGCCCGAUUUAGCGCGUGUCAAAAGGACCCAAAUGCUGGCCAUUUAUAGUGCGUGUUAGACGGAACUCGAAUACUACCAUUGAUUUUCUUCUACAGGUUUGUUCAGACCCGGUCUACUAAUCUGAUCAAGCGCGUGACCUUUUGAAACAAUUGGCAAGUAUCACAAUACAUCAUCAGGGAAACCAUGCGUGGUGAGUAUAUAGAACAGCUCGGACUGUGAGGUAUGGCCGACGUCAAGCAUCUCCGUGGUCA